CACUCCACCCCCACCAUCCUCUCUGCAGGUACCUGGCCAAGCUGUCAUCCGUGGGGAGCAUCUCCGAGGAGGAGACCUGUGAGAAGCUCAAGGGUCUGAUUCAGAGGCAGGUGCAGAUGUGCAAGCGGAACCUGGAGGUGAUGGACUCGGUGCGCCGUGGCGCCCAGCUGGCCAUCGAGGAGUGCCAGUAUCAGUUCCGGAACCGGCGCUGGAACUGCUCCACGCUCGACUCCCUGCCUGUCUUCGGCAAGGUGGUGACGCAAGGGACUCGGGAGGCGGCCUUCGUGUACGCCAUCUCUUCAGCAGGUGUGGCCUUUGCGGUGACACGGGCGUGCAGCAGUGGGGAGCUGGAAAAGUGUGGCUGUGACCGGACGGUGCAUGGGGUCAGCCCGCAGGGCUUCCAGUGGUCAGGAUGCUCAGACAACAUCGCCUACGGCGUGGCCUUCUCACAGUCGUUCGUGGAUGUGCGGGAGAGAAGCAAGGGAGCCUCGUCCAGCCGGGCCCUCAUGAACCUCCACAACAACGAAGCUGGCAGGAAGGCCAUCCUGACACACAUGCGCGUGGAGUGCAAGUGCCACGGGGUGUCGGGCUCCUGCGAGGUGAAGACGUGCUGGCGAGCCGUGCCACCCUUCCGCCAGGUGGGCCACGCGCUGAAGGAGAAGUUUGAUGGCGCCACCGAGGUGGAGCCACGCCGUGUGGGCUCCUCCCGGGCGCUGGUGCCGCGCAAUGCACAGUUCAAGCCGCACACGGACGAGGACCUGGUCUACCUGGAGCCCAGCCCAGACUUCUGCGAGCAGGAUGUGCGCAGCGGCGUGCUGGGCACGAGGGGCCGCACCUGCAACAAGACGUCCAAGGCCAUCGACGGCUGCGAGCUGCUGUGCUGCGGCCGCGGUUUCCACACAGCACAGGUAGAGCUGGCUGAGCGCUGCAGCUGCAAGUUCCACUGGUGCUGCUUCGUCAAGUGCCGGCAGUGCCAGCGGCUCGUGGAGCUGCACACAUGCCGGUGACUGCCGCCCCGCCCUGUGCCCAGCAACCACCUAGUGGCCCAGGGAAGGCCGAUAAUUUAAAGAGUCCCCCACCACCUACCCCAAAAGAUACUGGUUGUAUUUUUUGUUUUGGUUUGGUUUUUGGGUCCUCAUGUUAUUUAUUGCCGAAACCAGGCAGGCAACCCCAAGGGCACCAACCGAGGCCUCCUUGAAGCCUGGGCCUUUGUGGCUGCCACUGACCAAAGGGACCUUGCUCAUGCCUCUGGCUGUCCACAUGUGGCCGCUGCUGACCACUCAGUUGUUAUCUGUACCCAUUUUUCUAUUUGCAGACUUAAGGUGGGUAACAAGGAGUGUUACAGCCACAUGCCUCCUGACCCUGCCAUCUAGGGAAAGAGGUGGCCCUAUGGCAGGGAAAAUCAGUGCCACCUUGAUGCAAGUUACACCCCCACACAUACACACUGACCCCUGGCAGCUUCAGCCUGGUAGCCUUGUCUCUCAAGACCCCUGGAAAGGGAAUGGGCAGAUACCAGGUCAAGGGCAAAGGGUUCAUUUCAGCCCUCCAUGAGCCGCUGGAGGUUCAAUCUCUGUGGGACCUCCCAGGCAGGAAGAGCAGGUGAGAGGAGGGCAAGAGAAGGCUACAGUCCCACCCCAGAGCCCAGCCUGUCCAGCCUCCCCCUCAAAGAGGGAACCCCCCCCUCCCCGGUCCUCCAGGCAGGAGUAUAGGCUGC